GGACCGGUCCCGGACAACAAAUGGCCGUCACCCGACAGAGAGGGGGAGUGUGAUCCAUGGUUUCUAUUUUUUUCUUCUUUUCUUCUCUCUCUCUUUCUCUCUCUCUCUCCCUCUCUCCUCGCGACCACAGAGAGCGCGGUCUCCGUUGCGCACGUCGUGUAGGUUACACGCCACGCCGCUCUCGCCCCCCCCCCCCCUCUCUCUCCCUCUCUCUCUCUCUCCCUCUCUCUCCUCACCCUCCACGCCGUCCCGCGCGUCCAUCCACCCGGCGCAGAGGAAUGGGAGAGUCCCGCUGACACCACGGAGCGAUACACGCCGAGACCCGGCAUGGCUGUGGACGCGGCGUCCAGCUUCAGUUUCUGCCGCUCCUCCCUGGAGCACACGCUCUCUGUUGAGGAGCUGAGCUUCCAGCUGCCGCGUCGCGUCGGAGGAGGAAGAGGAGGAGGAGGAGGAGCAGGAGGAGGAGGAGGAGGAGCAGGAGGAAGCAACCUCACGUGGCACGACGGCCACGGCCAGAGGACCACGGAGCACACACGCACCGUGAAGCUGCUGCAGCAGCCUGGAACAGAGGGCAUCCAGCUGCGUCCGGGCGAGGCCUUCACCGUGUACCACACCAGCCCGACGCUGUCCAGCCUGUCCAAGCCCGUGGUUCUGUGGACGCAGCAGGACGUGUGCAAGUGGCUCAAGAAGCACUGUCCUCACAACUACCUGACCUACGUCGAGGCCUUCUCCCACCACGCCAUCACAGGGCGGGCGCUACUGCGUUUGAACGGGGAGAAGCUGGAGAGGAUGGGCAUCGUCCAGGAGACGCUGAGGCAGGAGGUCCUCCAGCAGGUCCUCCAGCUGCAGGUCCGGGAGGAGGUGCGCAACCUGCAGCUCCUCAGUCGAACCUCUUUUGGAAACUUCUCCUAGCUCAUCUCUCUGGAGCCAUUUGGCAUCCCUUCCCUCUGACACAAUACAUGUCUUGGAGCCGUGGAGGAGCUGCAGUGAAAAAGGGGGGGGGGGGGAGAAGAGAGUCUAUAGAUGGCCUGCCAACCGGACUCCCAAUCUGGUGUGUAGAGACCCCCCCCCCCCCCUCAAGGCAGGGGUACCCACUGUAACAUAGAGAUACAACGUAAAACCCACGACCCUGUUGAUGAUGUAGGCCACCUGGACCAGGACACUUUUUGGCGUAGUUUCAAACGACCUUCACCUUGGAGACUAUCACCUGGGAGACCUUCACCUGGGAGACCUUCACCUGGGAGACCUUCAACUUGGAGACCUUCACCUGGGAGACCUCCACCUGGGAGACCUUCAACUUGGAGGCCUUCAACUUGGAGACCUUCACCUUGGAGACCUUCACUUUGGAGACCUUCACCUUGGAGACUAUCACGUUGGAGACUUUCACAGUGGAGACCUUCACCUUGGAGACCUUCACCUGGGAGACUAUCACGUUGGAGACUUUCACAGUGGAGACCUUCACCUUGGAGACCUUCACCUGGGAGACCUUCACCUGGGAGACCUUCACCUUGGAGACCUUCACCUUGGAGACCUUCACUUUGGAGACUUUCACAGUGGAGACCUUCACCUUGGAGACCUUCACCUUGGAGACCUUCACCUUGGAGACUUUCACAGUCGAGACCUUCACCUUGGAGACCUUCACUUUGUAGACUUUCACAGUGGAGACCUUCACCUUGGAGACCUUCACCUGGGAGACCUUCAACUUGGAGACUUUCACCUUGGAGACCUUCAACUUGGAGACCUUCACCUGGGAGACCUUGGGGGGGGGGGGGGGGGAUCAACAAUGACAAUUUCAGCCGAAUGUCAUUCCAAAAAAGCGCAACUGAUCUGCAAUAUGUCAGCGAGAAAUAAUUAUAUAUAUAUAUAUAUAUAUACAUACACAGUAUAAAGGUUGUAGAAUAACAUACUGUAAAUCUGCGUUACUGUAACAGUAGUCUUGUAUUAUCCAGAGGACACAGCGUUACCGUAGUAACGACGCUCUCCGAUGAAGCAAUAAUGAAACGAUGCGGCGGAGCGGUAGAGGGACGGGAGGGAUAUGCAUUGUGCCACACACACACACACACACACACACACACACACACACACACACACACACACACACACACACACACACACACACACACACAUGGGGGAUUUGAAAUGCAAGGGAGGUCCAGAUGACAGCCAGCCAGAUGUGAGGCAGUCCCAGUGCAACUCUAGGGAGCUUCCUUUGGCGUCCCUCCAGACCGCUUUUGUAUGCGGGAGACACAAAAAUAAAUCUAAUUAUAAACUUCCAACAAACUCCCCCCCCCCCCCCCCCCAACAGCCCUCUGACGAGGAGCCUUUGGGCAAUGUACGUAUCUGACUGUUAAAAUGGGAGAAAACUCACUGUAUUAUUUUUGGAUUCCCUGUAAAUAUGAUCUGCUUUACAGAUAUGAAGACGUACGGUACGAAGUCUUUUUAGAAUAAACUACUUGAGAUUCA